AUGAUUGCCAGGACAUUACCAAUACUCUUUAUCACCUUCUCUCUAGCUACAGCCGGCCUUAUCGGCUCUACACAGUCCGCCGGCGCCAAGGGAAAGCUCACUUGUAAUGGCAAACCGCUGAGUGGAGUGCUCAUCAAACUUUAUGAUGAUGAUAGAGGUAUCUAACUUUCAUAACCUUUUAAUACAAAAAAAGAAGAACUAUCGUAUUUUACCUUUUCUCACUGUGCGAUCAAAAAAUGAAAUUUUUCCAAAAAUUUUGCCUCGUAUUUUAGGCCUGGACACUGACGAUUUUAUGGGCAAAACCAAGACUGACAGCGAGGGCUACUUUGAACUUCAAGGCCAUUCCGAUGAGAUCAGCAGCAUCGACCCUAAGAUCAACAUCUACCAUGACUGUGAUGACUCUUGGACUGUAAGUCAUUUUUAUUGAAAAAGUAGUCAAAACUGUUGACUAGUCCGUUUGUAAAGUCACGGGAGUGAUGUUUGACAUUUGCACAGUGCAGAAAAGUCAGGGUGCCAGCGACAGCCCAAAAAAGUCUAUUGCACGGUGCAAAAAAAGAAAUUGCACAGUGCAGAGGGAACUUUUGUUUUCGCACAGUGCAUGUCGCCGAAAUCACUCCAGCGAUUUGCGGACGGACUCGUAAAGUCGCUGGAGUGAUGUUUGGCAUUUGCACAGUGCAGAAAAGUCAGGGUGCCAGCGACAGCCCAAUAAAGUUUUUUGUGCACGGUGCAAGGUGAAUGGAAAUUUGUCGCGCCCGCACCGCACAAAAAACUUUUUGGUGCACCGUGCAUUUCGCUUUUUUUGUUUGGUUUUCGCACCGUGCAUCGAAACAUCGCUGCGACGUAAGCUUUUUUCAACUGCGUCGUCGCGGUUUUGCUCAAAAAUUUGCACGGUGCAAACGGCUUUUUCGAGGUUUGCACGGUGCGCAAAGGGAAAAACGAAAAAUGCACUGUACAUCGGCGAUAAGCGUGGAAAAAGGUUCAAAAUUACUGUGCAAAGCAAAAAAAAUGUCCAGGCACUUUGUGGAAAUGCUAAUAGUAGGCCAUUAGUUGGGCCCAGUCAAAUUUUUUUUUGAAUUUUACACGACUGAUAUUAAUACAAUCAAUCGUAUUUUACCCGAUUAUCUUCCAUUUCCCAUCAUUUUCAGCCAUGCCAACGCAAAAUCUCGAUCAUGAUCCCCGACCGCUACAUCAGCAAGGGAAAAGUUGCGGAGCAACUGUACGACGCCGGAACGAUGGAAUUGUCCGGGAAAUUCCCGGGAGAAACCAGAGACUGCAUCCACUAG